AGUCUUAAAUUUAAAUUUAUGAGAAGACAGAUAAAAAUCUAAUACAAAAUUGUAUGAACUUUGCCUAAACCUACAGAAAUUCAAAUCCCAUGUCUGAAAUUUAUAAUCCUAAACUAGCGUGUGUAUUUUUCUUGGGUCAAAUCAAACUGACAAGAUCUUAGGCAUCUUCAUGUCUAUUCUGGUCAUGAGGAUAAUUAGCAACAGGGUUAUCAGAGUCCUAUUACAGCAAUAAGGGUAUGUGAAAGCCCCAUCGAAUCCAUGCUGUCACCGAGCUCUUAUCUUGGUUGUUCCUGCUCCCUAGCUAGCCCCUUUCUUCCUCAUAUCCCCCCUAUUCACCUUUCCAUUAGAAAUUCAAGUGCAUACUGAGUAUAUGUACACCAAACACGUCACUAUCAUUCAUUUGGGAAUUCAUGUCACUAUCAUUCUUUUGAGAAUUCAUGUAGCCGAUCAAAUGCUUGAGAUUGAAAAACCAAAUGGAUACCCAAUAUAUGUACAAAGAAUUUCUUUCUUCCCAGCUCCCAAGUGAACGAGACUCAUUCCAAUCUGUUGGGGAACAACAAAGUACAGGCAGUGAUUACAUCCUCCCGCCUUACCAACUCCCUAGUAAUCAAUGAGACUCGUUCCAAUCUGUCCCUGCACAAGUACAAGCAAUUAUUUUCUUCAAAACAAGCAUGGGGGGCGUGGGAGCUCUCGUUUCCCACAGCAUCAGAGUGUUCCUCCUUUCACCAUCCUAUAAAUAAUCCUCACUUUCAUCAAUUACACCAGCACAAGCUGAUCAAAACCAUUCCCAAAAUGGCCAUUUACCUCACCUUCUCCCUCUUCUCCUUCUACCUCCUCUCGAACUUCCUCACCAUAGCCACCAACUGGAUUUUCUCAGAGCAAAUCGCCAACGCAAAGGUCACAAAUCGCAUGGAAAAAAUGACUCACCUCCAUUUUUACUUCCAUGACAGUAUCAAUGGGGAAAAUGCAACCUCCGCAAUAAUUGCUGCACCAACAGACAAGAGGUUUGCUGGUGGUUUUGGAACAACCAUGAUCAUGGAUGAUCCCUUGACAGAAGGUGCAGAUCUCAGUUCGAGGCUCGUGGGAAGGUCUCAAGGAAUGUAUGCUCUGGCUUCCCAGCACGAGGUAGGGCUGCUCAUGGUCACAAAUUUUGCUUUCUUGGAGGGUAAGUACAAUGGGAGUACUUUGAGCAUUCUUGGACGGAAUCUAGUCUCUGAUACGGUGAGGGAAAUGCCAAUUGUGGGAGGCAGCGGGCUGUUCAGGUUUGCUCGUGGAUAUGUGUUGGCAAAGACAUUCUCAUUUUCUCAGAAGGCUGGUGUUGCUGUUGUUGAAUACAAUGUCUAUGUAGUGCACUACUGAAAGUUUCUAGUACCUUGCAUGGUUUGGUUUGUCUUUGUUUUCCUUUAUGGUGAUGGUCACCUAUCUUUAGCUUUUCUUCUAGUCAUGGCCAUUGUUUGUUAGCUUCCCUUGGUGUUUCCUCUGGUCUGUGAAAGGAAGUAUUGUGGAAUGAAGAAGCUCUUUCUAACCAAAA